AGGUAUUCUAUUGACACAACACAACCGUUCAAGGAAUAACCAUUCCUAACUUUUUUUCAGUAUCAACCUUUCCCACUCUCUCCAUCGAACUAUACACUAUGACUCUUUCUCUGUCAUCAGUGUCAUCCAAUCGUUAUAAUUUUUUUUGAAUUCAUGUGUUGCAUUUUAUUGAUAAAUUUGGAAGUGUUUAUCUGAUCUAAGAUAACGAAAUGAGACUGUUCAAACGAAGAAGUUCCGACCCGAACCCUCAGAUAUUAGAGAGUCUAGCUAAACUUUCUGAAGCUGACACCAGUUCUCCUUCACGUGUUCCUAGCACUGAGAGCUUCGUAGAAACCACAAAAUCAAAUCGAUCGACUUGGGGAAAGACCUGGGAUAAAUUGAAACGGGGCGACUCAUCGGAAAAACUAACAGUACACAGCAAGAAAAGAAGCUGGUCACCCCUGAAAAAACAAAAUGACUCUAAAAACUCGGCACCUUGUACAUCGAAAGACGAGGAAGAAAAAUCGCAACUGAAACUUUCCCAUACAGAUCUGAGAAAAAUUUACGACAUGUACAGAAAUGUGAACGAUAGGUCCGAGAGAAUAAUAAACAGCAAAAGAAAGGCGAAGUGCAUGUCGGACAACCUGGAACUCACUCAGCAGCAGCUCAACGAUUACCUGUUGCUCAUGAAGCCGAACACCGAAGAGCUCGACAAGAUCUUCACCGAAACGUCUGCUUGCCCCUCCACAGCCAGGCUGGGAAGCCUCCCGGAAGAGAACAAGAAGAAGACCUCCAAGUUCCGCUCGCUCUUCUCGCGGGCCUCCAGCAAGUCCGACGACGAGACGGAGUCGAAGCACCACCCGAGGAACUCCUCCACCGACAGCCUGUCGAGCCUCCUCGGCCUCAUCCUGCCUGGCAGAAGGAGUUCCCCGAAACUCCCGUGCAAGUUCAAGUCGGACGAGAGCGGGUACGGAAGCGACUCGAUCAAGGAUUCGCCGAUCGGAUCGGUGAGGUCGCAGCAGAGUUGCGGCUCCGAGGAGCUACGGGAGGCACCCUCGGCGAGCAAGUACGAGGAUGACACCGAUACGGCGGAGGAGGACGAUCUGGACGUCACGGUCACCUCGGUGACGAGGAUGCCCUCCAAGAAACGAACCAGACCGUCCAACGACUCAGACACCGACUCUCUCGCCAGAAGAAAAUCCAUCAAGCUCAAAAGGUCCCCAACGAAAAGAGACAAAAACGAAGCGACCAUCUCGGUCGAGGAGCUGAGCCGAACAUGCAGGGACCAGCUGAGAUUGGGAGGCGCGAUCAAAGAUGGUGGCCUCUUGAGGAAAGAGCAUGGUCCUUCGAGGAAAGGGGGCCCCUCGAAGGCUAACGUGGUGGAGAAGGAGUACAGAUGCGUGAGGCUGAAGGUUGGGAGCGAUGAGGUGGCAGGGAUCACUAUCGGGCCCUGUUUUGGACGAGAUGAGAAGAUUGGGUAUUCCAUCACUGAUGUCCUGCCCAAUUCUGUUGCCAGAAGGAACGGAAUUCUAAGAAUGGGUGACGAAGUUGUCCGACUCAAUGGUGUGAGAAUGAAAGGUUGCCCCUUAGCCGUCGCAAAAAACCAUCUCGAACCAAGAAACGGCGAACUAGAGAUAGUCAUAGCGCGCGCUCCCGCAGAAACCAUACCCAAACCAACCGUCAAAAGAAAAAAAUCCCUCCUGCGUGACACGGCCUCCCUAUUCUCCCCAAAGAGGGACACUUUCUCCCCGAGACCACAUAAAUCUCUUGCCCCCAAAGACAAAGGCUCGAAAAAACAUAGCUUAUCGACCAGCACCCUGCUACGGCCCGCCCAAAUCCAGUACGUGGGCCUGUCCGACAUUUUGGACAAGAAAGACGAGUACUUGGAGAGCAAGGUGACCUUCAGCGAGAAGCCGCGCGAUCUCCCGGAGGACACGUUCAAGAGGCCUCCGGACAGGGAGGCUCCCGUCGCCGGCCCCCGGACGGGCAACAGGGAGGCUCCCAUCGUUAGUCCCCAGACGGGCAUGAGGAAGUUCUCGGUGUCGAACGGGCAACCCGGCAGGAAGCAAAGUGCGGCGAUAGCGGUGGCGAGUAAAGGGCGAACGAAUGACAGGAAUGACAGGAGCCAGAAUCCGUACAAGACCGUUUCGUUCCAAAAGGGGCCCGGACACAAAGCCUUGGGGUUCUCCAUAGUCGGGGGAAAGGACUCGCCUAAAGGCCCGAUGGGGAUUUAUGUGAAGACUGUUUACGAGCAAGGACAAGCGGCUGAUUCUGGGAUACUCAAAGAAGAUUUAAAUGGAAGCAUUUCACAAAAAUGGAAGAGACUCAGGAAAUGCUGCGCCUCGCUCAGAGGCGUCAGUUCGCACAAUUCGGAAACCUCAAAAAGUACUCUGCUGGAAUCAUCGCCUCCGCAUAUUUUAAUCGGCACUCCUCACACCACCUCUUCGUUGCGUAUACCAAAUACUACAAAGAAAAACACCGUCCAAGAUGUCUUGAGAGCGAAGCUAAGUCAAAUACACGUAGGCCUAAGAAAGCGUCGAGCUCUGUCCGUCCAGGAGUUCUUCCACCACCCCAACCCCGAAAAGAACCCCACCUUCUACGUCCCGGCUCCGGACCCCAACAACGAGCUGCCCCCCAGGAGGGCCAGGUCGAGACAGCGAACGGUCAACUCCUUCACUUUCACCCCCUCGCAGAGCAAGGAGUACAUUAAGUGGGAGCCCCCUUUGCCGUACGAGCCGCCCCCGGAUUACGAUGUGGACGACAAACCGGCGCCCAACAGGCGGUGGUCGGUGGUCACUUUUGCUAGGACGGCGGAGAAGCCGGUUAAGACGAGAUUCGAGAACGCCGACAUCAAGAUACCGAAGACGAAGUUGAACAGGUCGGCGGAUCGGGCGAGAUCGCAGUCGCCGGGCGGCGGCCGGAAAGAGCCGAGCUCGGCCGAGGGAAGGCGAGUGGGCAGCUCGAAGAGCCAGUACGAGCUAGUCGGAGCGUUGAGGAGGCACGAGAAAACGGAGGCUGCAAUUGAAGAACUGGAAGAAAUAGAAGAAGAGGAGAGCAAAUUCUGCACGUUGCCUCGAGGAGGCAAUACGUUCACCAUCCGCCAGGUGGUUUUCCAAAAAGGUGCUGAAUUCAAGCCGCUCGGCUUCAGCAUAGUCGGAGGAAGAGAUUCUCCUAAAGGCAGCAUCGGAAUUUAUGUCAAGACCAUUUUCCCCAACGGGCAGGCAGCUGACAAUGGCACAUUGAAAGAAGGUGAUGAAAUUUUGGCAGUGAACAGCAAACCUCUGCACGGCGCGUCGCACAAAGAGGCCAUCAAUGUUUUCAAACAGAUAAGGUCGGGGUCAGUUCUUUUGCACAUAGGUCGUAGGAUAACGAAGAAGCCGAGAGACAAAGUCACUUAAUUCUUUGUUAUGGCGACUUAAACGAGUACCAAAGAUAUAUUAUGCAUUAUCAAUCGAUAUGCUCCAGCAUAUUUGUUGAGUAACGAUGUUUAGUGUUAUUGGUUGUUGUUUUGCAUUUUUCUAUUCAAUUUUUUAUAUAUUCAAUGAACUGUAACUUUAUUUAUGAUUAAUUGGUGUAUUAACUAACUAUAUAACAUCACUUGUUAUGAUGUAUAUAGUGUACAUCUAUAGAUGUAGCGUUAGAUAGAGGAACAGUUAUUGAUAAACUGUUGGAUAUAUUUUAAAAUAUGUGAUAAUACGUAUUUUUUGACCCUAUUCAAUUCGAUCCUUCUAUUUUUUAUUUCAUUCAUAUUAUACACUACACAGGGUGUCUCUAAUAUAUCUUUAUAGAAUUAUAUCAUUAUACCU